CAGAAAAAACAAACAAACGUGAAAAUCAGUUUAGUAUUCUGCGAGUUAUGACUGAUGCGCUGACUCUUAACUGCGCCAGCCAGACAGAUGACACUGAGUGGAGCGGGUGCCCGCUCCAAGAUGGCGGCCCCACGGCUCGGCAGCAACGGUCGAUGAGGCGUCUAUGUACACAUGUCUAUGUGCGGAUACGACACUUGAUGGAUGUGCUUGUGUUUUUACUAAACAGCGCCUCUUUGUGGUCACAUACAUCGUUAAAAAUGCAACACACUGGGUUUAUUUAAAAAACUAGAACACGAGACAGAUAAACGUUGGUUACUGCGUGCAGUUAAAACCAUAUUUCCUCAUUCCAUAGUAUCGUCACCGUACUACCGGUGCUGCCUUCGUGACAGACAGGGCUCGGUAGCUGACAGCAGCAGCAUGCGUACAGACCAAAAACGUCAGAUCAUUUUGUUAGUCCAGAGUCUAUGCUAGUCGCCCGAGCAUUUGCGGUGGGUUUCACUUUAAUAAGUGCAGCCAAAGCGAUGAGCUCCGUGGCGGGGACUUCCAGCGGGCUGCCGGAGCUGCAGGAGCUGCAGGAGCCGCCGGGGCUGCAGGGCUCCGGCUGCAGCAGCAGGAGGCUGCAGAGGCUGCUGACGGUGCCCGGGGCUGCUGCAGGCGGCAGAGCUAACGACCUGCUGCUGCUGCAGGCAGCACAGUCCGGGGAGACCGCAGACCAGCAUGUGGUUUUCUUCCACGGCGACAUCCAGAACUUCCAGGAGGAGAUGGCGGUGCAGCCGGACGGAGCCCAGUGGCUGUCCUGGAGUCUGGAGCAGGUCGCCCUCCUCCUGGGCCGGCGUUUCCCCGACAGGCACAUCUGGGUGGUGAGAGCUUCACGCAUGUAUCUGCACAAGUUCAGCUGCUACCACAACUUUGUGGAGAGCAACAUGUUCGGGGCUCCAGAGCACUCUCCAUAUUCACCCGACUUCGGAGCAUUUCGCCACCUGAGGGCUCUCCUGAGCAACGGCAUGGAGCGAGCCAAACUGCCCAACCCCCUUCAGCCAGUAGGAGGCGCCGGCAGCAUCCCGUCAGGCUUCUCCCUGACCGUGGUCGGCUUCAGCAAAGGCUGUGUGGUUCUGAACCAGAUGGCGUACGAGCUGCCCGGGGCCCAGGCAGACCUGCAGAUGUCGCCCUUCGUCAAGUGCAUCUCAGACAUGUUCUGGCUGGACGGGGGGCAUCCUGGAGGGAGUGAGACCUGGGUGACGGACAAGCAGGUGCUGCGGGAGCUGGCCGCCAGCGGCGUGUCCAUUCACGCCCACGUGACUCCGUACGAGGUGUGCGACCCCAUGCGGGCCUGGGUGGGCCGGGAGCACGGACACUUCAUUAAGACCCUGGAGGAGUUCGGCGCCUGCCCCAGUAAGAAGCUCCACUUUGAGAACGAGCCCCCCUCCAUCGAGAACCACUUCAGGGUCAUCCAGGAGUUUUGAGUCCGUGUGAAAUCUGAGCUGAUCAUCUGAGUGUCACGGAGAGCUUUUGCAUUAUUUAUUAGAGUAUAUCCCAUUUGAUGUCUUAUUUGCCGGUGUUGUCUUAGCUUUUCUGUCAUUUAAGAGGUCGGAAGUGAAAGCUGGAGUCAGAUGCUGGUGUAUCGUACUUUCAACUGCUGAAUGCACUUACCUAACCCCAAGUGAAAUGAUCUCCCUUUUGCUGCGCUGUGACCCUGAGCAGGGAAAUGAAAGUAUGAAAGAUCUAUCAUGAACUAUGCACUUGUUUCUCCUUAAAUAUCUUCUUUUGUGGUGUUGUUAUAACUGUUUACAUUUUAUUUAGGAACAUAAAUGAUUCAUGUUAAUUUAAUUUUGUUUAUCGGGGAAUUUCCAUGUCUUUCAAGUUAAGAAAAUGGUUGCAGAAGGACAGAAAAGUUCCUGAAACUUUCUGUGGCAAGUUAAGCUGGGGAAUUUGGGAACUAUCCCAAUUUGAAAACUUUCCCUUGGAAUUGGCAGGAAUGAGCUGGAAAGUACUUAGCCAGACUGCAGAGAACUUUGCCUUCUUCAUAACCCAGAUGGUAAGACAUUAACGCAGCAAUAACCAUAUAAGCUCUUUUGAUCUCUUCAGCAGAGAACGUGCAUAUUGCUCAUAUUUUAGUUGCAGCUUGUAUCCUGUUGCAUGCACGGGCUUCAAGCAGAAGUCUUUGUGAAUCACAGUGAUGUCAUCCAUCCUCAGAUAUACAGUUAGCUAAAUGGAAUAUUUAGUGUGGUUAAAAGGAUUUAAAGUGAUACUGGACAAAUGAAUAGGUGAGAUGAGUAUCGGUCAGCAUGUAAAAUUAAAUUAUAACCUUUGAAGGCAGAAAACUGGUUUGAAGAAGGCAAAAGAAAUGACAUCAUAGUACUGUAAUGAAUUUCUGCUUUUUAAAUGAUUUGAAAUGUAAUUUGAUGUGCUCAGCUGAAAGCUUAUAUCUUUUUAAUUCCGUCAUUUAUGUUGAGCUACUUUUUAACAUACAGUGUCCAAAGAUUUGAAAUGGACGCAGUUAUCAGUUAACAGCUAUCAACAGACUCACUUCAGACUUUAACUGACGUCUUUGGUUGAGUGUAUUUGAACUUUAAACUAUUAUUAUGCACAGUCCCGAAUCAAUUAGUUUUAAAUUGCUCCUUUCAUUCCUUCAGUUUGAUGUGAGUGUUGGAUUUUCCACUAGUAUUUGUCAGACCUACUUUGUGAAUUCAUUAUGUCAGUGAACUUUGGUAUAAUCACCUCAAGGUCCAUUUAACUGUUGAGUUUCUGAGAACUUUUAAUCUCAGUAUUAUUUAAACCGCAUUCUUGUCUUUCCUGAUAAACAAGCAGACUGUGACCAAAUACCUCCAGCAAGGCUGCGAAAACCUAAAAAAAGCAACAGUUUCUGAUGUCUGUGCCAGGCCAUGCACCACAUCUUAUUUCAAACAGACCGACUCAAUCGCACGAUCCCCUCGGUGGAGGUAACGGCCGUGGGUUUGCUUUCUUUUUGAUUCGAUCUCUUACGCACUACAGUUUUUACAUUGUUGUGAAAACACCAGUUUAGACUGUUUGAAGGAAAUGAUUUGUGUAUCAGAUAAUGUUCUUAUGGUGGCUCAGUAGUUGUUUUCAUGUCACAGUAGAAGAAAAAAUGUGGGUAGCUAGUGUAGUUUCAGUAAAUCAAGACUGCUGCCAGCAUUACAUUUGUUUAUCUGAAUGAUCUGUGCGUUUAUGGAGCAUCUUUGCACUACGCUGAUGGCUGCUAGUCAUUGUGCUGAAUGUAACAUACUAAGCAUUCCAUUAUGUUUUACUACUUGCUAAUGUGUGAAGUUUUAAAUAAUCUAAUUGGAUGUAAAGACACCAUGCCUUUGUCAUUUCAAUAGUUAACUAAUGAGAAAAUAUGUAAGUUACUGGAGUAACGUUGUCUAGAAUCAGCCAGUGGCUGCAACAUGGGAAAUUAAACAAACAAAAAACACUUACUUAUUUUCUAUUCUUUAAUGAGCUUUUCCAGUUUGCUUUGUUAUGCCUAAAUAUUAUCUUGCAGAUAAUCAGUAUACAAAUAUCUUUUUAAGCAAUUUCAAUUGCAAUCAGAAUGCUUAUACAUUAAAAAAAAUACAUAAAAAGCAAAAUAAAAGGUACAUCUCUUA